CUCCAACAUCAUCUUCUAUCCUAUCGGGUCCGAAAAUCCCUCUCACCAUCUCACGGGUCGGUCGAAUCUCGGUUUGGCUGAACGUCGGUGAUUCUUGCUUUCCCGAUCAUGAACUUGGGAACACCUCCGUUACUUGUUCGCCGGACUGUUGCACUCCACCGUUCCCGGGUCUGAGAGCUGCAGUGCCUAGACCCGUCCGCACUGUCCCGGACGAGGAUGUCCUCACCCCGUUUCCAACCCUCUUCGCCGAUUCAUGGCACCGGCGGGCGGAAGUCCCAAUUUACAUAUAGGCAGUUAGGUUUAUUGACCUCUUAUUCAACAUCGUCUCCUCUACGCGUCAUCGCCCAUGUCGAUUUAGAUGCUUUUUACGCUCAAGUGGAAAUGGUGCGCCUCGGCACUCCUGAAGAUCAGCCCCUAGCUGUCCAACAGUGGCAAGGACUGAUUGCUGUGAACUAUCCCGCACGCGACUUCGGCAUUGGUCGGCACUGCACUGUGACUGAUGCAAAGAAGCUCUGCCCAAAGCUCAUCGCACAGCAUGUCGCUACCUGGAAGGAGGGCGACGAGAAAUGGGCGUAUCAUGACGAUGCAGCGUCUCACAUCGGCACCCACAAAGUUUCACUGGAUCCUUACAGACUUCAAUCACGAAAAAUUCUCGCAUUGAUCAAGGAGAUCUUACCACCCAACUUGCAGCGAGUCGAGAAGGCAAGCAUAGACGAGGUCUUUCUCGACCUAUCCGCACAUAUUCACUCCAUCCUUCUGCAGAGAUUUCCGGAGCUUACGAAUCCUCCUCCUUAUGAUGACCCUACGGAGAAGUUACCUCUCCCGCCGAUAACUGCCCUGGACUGGCAAGCGGACGCGCUCAUUGAUUUUGAGGAUGCAGAGGCAGAGACAGAUGAUCCGGAUUGGGACGAUGUGGCCAUUCUUAUUGGGUCAGAGAUUGUUCGAGAUAUACGAGCUCAUAUCCGCCGAGCACUAGGAUACACAUGUUCGGCGGGCAUAGCGGGCAAUAAAAUGCUCAGUAAGUUGGGCUCUGGGUACAAGAAACCCAACCAGCAGACUGUCAUACGGAAUCGGGCUGUGCAACAUUUCUUAUCUGACAUGAAAUUUACUAAGAUUCGUAACCUGGGAGGCAAGCUUGGCGAUCAGGUCGUGUCAAACUUCAAUACGGAGACAAUUAAGGAUCUACUAUUCGUACCAGUGGAACAGAUGAAACUCAAGUUGGGCGACGAUACCGGAGUCUGGCUUUACAAUACGAUCCGCGGAAUUGAUCCUAGCGAGGUCAAUUCACGUACGCAGAUCAAGUCCAUGUUAUCUGCUAAAUCCUUUAGACCCAGCAUAAAUAACCAGGAGCAAGGUAUCAAGUGGCUGCGAAUCUUUGCCGCAGAUAUAUUUUCGCGAUUGGUGGAAGAGGGUGUUCUCGAAAACAAGAGAAGGCCGAAGACUAUCAACUUACAUCACCGAGGCCAGGGGGGCCAGACCCGCUCACGGCAGAGUAGCAUUCCGCAAGGGAGAACGCUCGACGAGGCAACCUUAUUUGAACUUGCCAAGAUCCUGUUCAGCCAAAUUAUCCAAGAAGGUAGCGUCUGGCCAUGUACAAACCUAAGCUUAAGCGUAGGAGGGUUUGAGGACGGGGUGACUGGCAAUUUAGGAAUAGGCGCUUUCUUGCUGAAGGGAGAAGAAGCUCGAGAAUUAAGAGGAACCAGUCGGGAGCCUUCGGCAGGGUUAUCUACGCAUGAACGACCGGAGAAGAGACGACGGGUGGAUAAUCCCGGCAUCCAGCGAUUCUUUCCCAAGAAGGAGAGUUCCUCGGGUGGAGACGCUGAGGAGAAUCUCGACGACGACGACGUAGUAGAUAUGGGUAAACCCCAGAUUUGGACUAAGGAGGCGUCGCCGAACCGAACAGGAAAUGGCCCGAAACCAAUCAUCGACGACCAUAUCAAGGUAUGUACGCGCUGCGACGCAAGGCUCGACGACGCCGAGGCCCUCCAAAGCCAUCUCGAUUGGCACUUCGCCAAAGACCUUCAGGACGAAGAACGUGGCAAGCGGACAUUUGCCAACAAUCACUCCACGGUAUCACGCGGUCAGAAGACCGCUGCUGCAUCAUCGUCUUCGUCUAAGAAGCCCGGGAGAGCUAGUGCCUCUAAUAGUAAGCUCGAACAUGGGCAGAGCAAAUUGAAGUUCGGAUGAAUCGAUACCUGGCAUGCAACUCAAACUCGAAGCGAACGCUACAUGCGCCCUGGUGGACUCUGUCUUAUCCAUUUGUCCAGAUGAAAUGCUAUACCUCUUCAUCUACGGCAUCUAACAGACACGAACUCAUCCCCCUAGCAUUAAA